AUGCGGGCAACAGGCCAGCUCCGAGGCGGAAGAGGUGUUAUGACCUCUUUCAGAAGCGCCCACAGCUUCUCCAGCGCCUACAGCUUCUCCAGCGCCCACACCUUCUCCAGCACCUACAGCUUCUCCAGCGCCCACACCUUCUCCAGCACCUACAGCUUCUCCAGCGUCUCUACCAGUGGACCUGCUGGGCCAGCUUCUCCAGUGCCCACAGCUUCUCCAGUGCCCACAGCUUCUCCAGCGCCUACAGCUUCUCCAGCGCCCACAGCUUCUCCAGCGCCAACAGCUUCUCCAGCGCCCACAGCUUCUCCAGCGCCCACAGCUUCUCCAGCGCCCACAGCUUCUCCAGUGCCCACAGCUUCUCCAGUGCCCACAGCUUCUCCAGCGCCUAAAGCUUCUCCAGCGCCCACAGCUUCUCCAGCGCCUACAGCUUCUCCAGCGCCCACACCUUCUCCAGCACCUACAGCUUCUCCAGCGCCCACAGCUUCUCCAGCGCCAACAGCUUCUCCAGCGCCCACAGCUUCUCCAGCGCCCACAGCUUCUCCAGCGCCCACAGCUUCUCCAGUGCCCACAGCUUCUCCAGUGCCCACAGCUUCUCCAGCGCCUAAAGCUUCUCCAGCGCCCACAGCUUCUCCAGCGCCUACAGCUUCUCCAGCGCCCACACCUUCUCCAGCACCUACAGCUUCUCCAGCGCCUAAAGCUUCUCCAGCGCACACAGCUUCUCCAGCACCUACAGCUUCUCCAGUGCCCACACCUUCUCCAGCACCUACAGCUUCUCCAGCGCCCACACCUUCUCCAGCGCCCACAUCUUCUCCAGCGCCCACAGCUUUUCCAGCGGCCACAGCUUCUCCAGCGCCCACAGCUUCUCCAGCGCCCACAGCUUCUCCAGGGCCCACAGCUUCUCCAGCGCCCACAGCUUCUCCAGUGCCCAAAUCUUCUCCAUUUCCCAAAUCUUCUCCAUUUCCUAAAGCUUCUCCAGCGCCCAAAGCUUCUCCAGCGCCCAAAUCUUCUCCAUUUCCCAAAGCUUCUCCAGCGCCCAAAACUUCUCCAGUGCCUACAGCUUCUCCAGCACCUGCGUCUGUGGCUGCUGUUCAGACUCCUCCAUUGAAGACUGCAUUGAACUUGCUGUCAGUGUGUGACCCUGUCUGGCUGCUCUCCUGCUCUUCAAGGCCUAAUGAGACACUGUUCGUCCUGGGACCACACAGCGCCUCUGCUGUGGGUCACUGUCAAGGCAACGACCUUCCACCCCUGUCUCAGCCCAAGACUGAAUCAAUUCUCCCCGACCAGACACCCCUCCACCCCUACCCUCACCCUGACCAGCACCCUGACACCAUAGCCAACAAUAGGACAGACUGUGUGUGCGACAAAGACGUCGUGAACCGUUGA